AUGGAUACAGACAAUGAUAAUCCUGUUAAUGAUGAUAAAACUGACUUGAAUAGGAAGCAAAAUACAUCAUGUCAGAGUAUUUCGAUUAAAGAUUGGUCGGAUAUUGAAAGUAUUAUAUCAAGUUAUUCAUUGAUAUUUCAAAAUCAAAACUCGUUAUUUCGUUCAUUUGAUACAUUUGAUCGUAAUUCGGCUUUAAUAUGUUGGUCAGAAUUUGCAAGUCAAACCGCUUUUCUUCUUCCUCUAUAUAUGAUACAAAAAUGUUUAAAUAAUAAUCCAUUAAUCGAAAUAUUUAUCAAUAGACGAAAUGAAGAUGUUUUAAAUCGCCGUCAAUUUUUUACUUUAUGCUAUGGAACAAGUGGUAUUCGUGAGAGUUUCAUGAGUUUAAUACGAUCUUUUUCAAAAGUUACUGAACAAGAUUCAAUUUUAAUAAAUCUUCUUCUUGUUGUAUUACUUUUCUCCAAAGGUUUAUCAAUGAAUGAAACUGAACCUGAAUUAAAUGAUGAACUUGCUGUUAAUCGAGCUCAAUCGCAUUAUACAAAAUUAACUUGGAAUUAUUUAGUAUAUAAACAAGGUGAAAUGAAAAGUGUAAAACAAUUUACACAAAUAUUAACUGAAAUUGAAAGACUUCAAUCAUUUACAAAGCAUUUUCGAGAAUUUUUUCUUACACAAACCAAAUCAACAGAUACAUUAGAGCGUUUUGCGCCACUUAUGCAAGCUGUUUUAAAUGUUACCUAA